CACUUCCCCCGCAGCGCGAUCACGAUGGCGGUUCUUGUUCAGAAAUUUGAACGACAUUUUUCGGGCCCCCUUCUCAGGUUCGCGGAGUUUUACCCAUCGGUGUCUCCUCGGAGUCGAACGUGUUCGAGUUCGAGUUCAUGAUCAAAAUAACGACCUUGGUCACACGACCGAGAAGUAUCCGGUUGCUACUGGAUAUUGGCGUUUGCUUUGCCCUUUUUUCUAUUGCUUGUACGCUCGGCGACACUCUUGCAGGCUACGCUUAGCGAGAAACAUCUCCAGAUAUUCUCCGAUCCCAGGCCCGUAUAUAAACUGCGUCUUUUGCUCCAGGAUCUGAACCAAUCCAACUCACUACGACCAAAAUGUACAGCGUAGCUGCUCUCGUCGCUUUCACUCUCCUUCGUUCUGUCCGGGGCCAACAGGUUGGCACCUACACCACAGAAACCCAUCCCACUCUCACCGUCCAAGAAUGCACGUCUGGCGGUAGCUGUACCACACAGUCUAAGUCAAUUGUCCUUGACGCUAACUGGCGCUGGCUCCACAGCACCAGUGGCUACACGAAUUGCUACUCCGGCAACGAGUGGGAUUCUUCCCUCUGCCCUGACGUCGACACUUGCACGUCGAACUGCGCCCUGGAUGGUGCAGAUUACUCCGGCACUUACGGUAUCACCACCGACGAUGAUGCGCUGACUUUGAAGUUCGUCACUGGUUCCAACAUCGGAAGCCGUGUCUACCUUCUCGACGAUGAGGACACCUACCAGAUGUUCAACUUGAAGAACAAGGAGUUCACCUUUGACGUCGACAUGUCGACUCUCCCUUGCGGCCUCAACGGAGCCUUGUACUUUGUGGAGAUGGAUGCAGAUGGUGGAAUGUCGGAAUACUCCACGAACGAGGCUGGUGCUAAGUACGGAACCGGUUACUGUGACACCCAGUGCCCCCACGACCUCAAGUUCAUCAACGGAGAGGCCAACGUUCUUGACUGGACUCCUUCCGAGACUGACUCCAACUCCGGAACCGGCUACUACGGCUCGUGCUGCAAUGAGAUGGACGUCUGGGAAGCCAACUCCCAGGCGGCCGCCUACACUCCUCACGUUUGCAAUAUUACUGGACAGCAGCGCUGCUCCGGCACCGACUGCGGUGAUGGUGACGAGAGGUACGACGGAGUUUGUGACAAGGAUGGCUGCGAUUUCAACUCGUACCGCAUGGGGGACAAGACCUUCCUCGGCACCGGUCUAACAGUUGAUACCAGCUCCAAGUUCACCGUCGUCACCCAAUUCAUCACCUCCGACAACACCACUUCCGGAGAUCUCGUUGAAAUUCGCCGUAUUUACGUUCAGGACGGUGAAAUCAUCCAGAACUCCGCUACGAACAUCGACGGCAUGGACUCGUACAACUCCAUCAGUGACGACUUCUGCACCGCCCAGAAGACCGCCUUCGGUGACACUGACUCCUUCGCUAGCCAUGGUGGAUUGGCGGUGAUGGGUGAUGCCUUUGAGUCUGGCAUGGCUUUGGUGAUGAGUGUUUGGGAUGACCACACUGCCAACAUGUUGUGGCUUGACAGUGACUACCCUGCCGAUGCUGACGCCUCCGACCCUGGUGUCUCCCGUGGAUCCUGCUCAACAAGCUCUGGCGCACCAACCGAUGUCGAAUCCUCGGCCGCUAGCUCAUAUGUCAUCUUCUCGAACAUCAAGUACGGCGAUCUCGGAUCGACCUUCAGCAGCUCAUGAAUGUAAAACGUCAAUAUUUGGCUUUAGUUGCUUUCGUUUUUAUUUCUUCUUGUCAUCUAUCGCUAUUUUCACGUUCAUUCGUCUCCUCUUGCCGUUUCAGCUGGUCUGAUUAAUUGUCAGUCAUUAUUCUUGCACAUCGUUAUACAAUGCAACAGCGCUCGAUACAUGCUAGAACAACCUAGAUACAAUCUACGCUGUAGAAACGAAUAAGAAUCUUUACUCAAUCCCC